AUGAAGGGUUAUUCCGCAGUAUUUUUAUGUAUGGGCGUGCUAUCCUUUGCUGCCGCUGCUCCAGUACCCCAAGAAUACGAAUACGAUUACGACCACCAUCCAGCCCAGGCCAACGCCCAACAGGCUCAAGAACCCCAAGAAUCAGCCAGCCAUUACGACGCUUACAUACAAGACGUUAAAGCGGCUGCAAACGGUGGUGGAAACGGUGGCAAGAAGGGCUUCUCUCAAGGCUCAGGCCUUAGAACCAUUGCUGUAGGAUCAGCUAACCAAGCAAAGACUGCGUUAGGAAACCAAGCAGCAGCAGGAUACCAAGCUGCUUAUGUAGCCAAGAACACGCUUGCCCAGUCAGCUGCUCAAGCCAGUGCAACCGCUCAGGCAGCGUUGGCUGGUAAACAGGUCAUCUUGUCAGGGUUGGAGCAGCAAGUGAGGGAUGCUAAGGUCGGUCUGCAAGGUGAAGAGAUGCAGCUGCAGCAAGCUAAGAGAUCUGCACAAUCUGCAGCUCAAGCUGCUCAGCAAGCUAUGCACCAGGUGAACGUAAUCCAGGCUGCCCUUAACGCCGCUCAAGCCACCUCUGAAAACGCCAACGAGGCUGCUUCCCAAGCGGCAGGAGAACUGGGUGCUCAAACUGCCAUGGUAGGAGCUGCCCGACAGAGGCUUCAUGCUCUCCAGGAACAACUUCAUGGAGUCAGGAUCGACUUUGAGGCCACGCAAGCAGCGGCCAGGAAGGCUCAGGCGGCAGCUCAACAGGCGCAGGCUAACGCAGCCGCUGCAGCGGCCAAGGCAGCUGCUGCAGGACUAGGUGGUCAGCACAAGGAUUCUUCUAACGAAGAAUCGUACGCCUUGGUCCACGAACAGUCCGUCCAGAUCAGUGAAACACGACCCUUAGAAUCUAACGGAGCCACCGAACCCACUGAACAAUUAGACGAAUCCACUGAACCAUUAGACGAAUACACUGAAACAGUGUUUGAACUCAUCACGCAUAAACCAGAACCCACAUCGAUCCCAACACCUUCUCCAAAGCCGAAACGAAAUAAGCACAAGCAUAUUGCCAAAAUUCAAUUCCGACCUCUCUAUUCCACUUUUAAGCCAGUCAAAGCGAAACCACAGCAAGAAGCUGUGGAGUACGAAGAGGAGGAAGAAGAGGACGAAGAUUGUGACGAAGAGAAGAAAUGA